GAUCCACCUCCCUAGAGAGCUUUAACAGGCUUGUAGCUGUGCGUGCUCUGACAGCAGCAUCCCUGUGGUACUCUCCCUCCUCCCUCCUGCACCUGCUCCAAAGCUCUUACAGAGAUGAGUGGGGAACUGCAGGCUCCAGCCCACGCUCAGGCAAUCUCUUCCUUCCUUGGGUUCGUUAGAAGAUUAGCGCUGAUGAAAGCCAUGGCUGGAACGGCCACCUGCACGCUUCUCAGAGGCCCGCAGGGAAGGCGAUGCUAUUACUAAGGGAAUACUGCAAGUCUGGCUUGACAAACAAGCUGUGAUUUCAGGCUCAUGAACAAAUUUGUUUCUCCUUCCAGGAAGGCUUGCCACUGACAACUGACUAUUUAUUUAUUUAUUGCUUUGCCCUUUGCUACUAAGAGUCCUUAAGGGCAGAGAGAAAGGGCAGUGAUGGGAGAGCAAAAGCAUUUGAACCCUUCCUUCAGCUGCAAUUGAGUUUCUCACCUUUGGGAACUAGACUUUGUUCUGGGAGCGUGGUGCAAUUCUACUAUGUGCUUCAAGAAAGCAUGGUGAUCUGACCUCACACCAGGCAAGGAACAGGCAGAAGACAGCAAACAUCCAGGCCAUAGAGAAAAGCAAUUGAGAAGCUACCUCAUUCAUCAGUCUGGCAUUCUGUGCCAGCCAUGGCGUUUGCUUUUGUAUUCUGGUACUGCUGAGAAAGUACUGAACAGACGACUGAGGAGAGGGCAGCCAGCUCUUCAUUCAAAGACCAAACCUGUCCCCCCCGCAUAUUACUUGUUCACCCUCAAUCACAAUGAGACAGUGGCUGUUUUACCUGGCUGUGCCAGGAUAUUCUGCUGUGUUCCUGAACCAAUCCUGCAUCUCUCUGCUGAAGCCAUGCUACGAGCCAAAGUUCUUGUUGUCUAGCCAGGCCUUUUCAAGUCACCCUCUAUAUGCUGAGCUUCUGUCUGGAGCAUGCCCUCCUUUACCAGGCUCCCAUGGAUAUCUUCCCAGCCAUGCUGAUUUCGGAUAGGUCUACUGUAAUUGUAAAGUGGCAGACACCCACUCGAGCCAUAUGUGACUGGACAGAAGAGGGCACCUAGGAGGAAGACUUCUGAAGGGUGAGACAGAAAGUGGUAAGAGGAAAUAAAGUGAGGGAACCAGUGUUUCUUUUAAAGCAUGCCAGAAGAGACAGCAUCUUUUGUUUCUGCGCACACAGAGUGGUGUAACUGGCAUUAGGAACUGGAUUACUCGAAGGGAAAGAUUGAUCAUGCUGCUUCCAGGAACUGUGAUGCUGCUGGUGGCCAGCCUGGUGUCCGUUCUGCUGCUGGUGUGGAGCGUGAGAGCCACUGCACUGCCCGGAGAGGAGAGGCUCGCAUUACAGAACAGUAGGGAGCAGACCAGGGUGCGGAAAGACGCCCUCCUGAAGAUGCUGGCGGACCUGCUGGAGGACGCGGGGCACGAGGCCGCCUCCCCGGACUUCGAAGAGGAGGGCAAGCUCGAGGAGGAGCGGGCCGCGCUGGGGCGGCUAGCCCAGCUGUCGCAGCGGGACCGCAAGGCGCCCUGCAAAAACUUCUUCUGGAAAACCUUCACCUCCUGCUAGCCCCCGGCCUCGCCACGGCGCCUGGGCAUGGCGCCCGGGCUGCCGGCGCCCCCCGGCUCUCCCCGCGUGUUCCCCCACCCCCGGAAUAAAGCAUGGCG